AUGGACGACAAUAUAAGAACAGAAUAUGAAACCCAAUCGCAGCAACUACGUAUUGACCUGAAGGCAUGGGAGACCAACUGGGCGGCGACACACGAGGGCAGGAAGCCAGGAAGAGGGGAUAUCAAAGCAAAUGAGGAAAUUGCUUUCAAAUAUAAACAAUACAAUAAAGUUCGGGAUAUACUCUCUGGCAAGAUCCCUCCUCCCUCAAAAGAAGACUCAAAUUCCAUAAAGCGAAAGCCCGAUACUUUACCAGCACAAACGCCCACCAAACAUACCAAGCACCUCGAAACCCCUGCCAAGAACCGUACACAGGACCAUGAUGAGGAUCUUAUGAAUACCCCAGCCAUUUCGCGAAAGCUGUUCACUCCUACUUCAGUAACAUCAGUUGGCCCGACACCACAAAGAGAUGGCCGCGUCCUCGGACUCUUCGACUUAUUGGUAGAAAAGGAGCUGGGAACACCAGAGAAAAAAAACUCUACAGCCAAUUCAGGAUCUGCACGAAAGGUGAAUGCAACUCCGAGCAAAAGGUCAGCCACAAUGGAUGAGGAAGAGGAAGAGAAGCUUGGCCGAACGCCUAUGUCGUCUAGCAAACGUCAAAGGUUGAAUCACUUCAUGACACCGUUGAAGAACAAGGAUGGAAACAAAGACGCUGUAACGCCCUCUUCGGUCUCAAAACUCCAGUUUGACACACCGGCAUUCUUGAAGCGCAACACCCUUCCGGUUUUGGACGAGAAUGAUGACUUCGAUGCCCCAGCACCCUUGCGACUACCACGGAAACCUUUCACAAGAGGCCUCAGUGAAAUUGUGGCAAGCCUACGGAAGGUUGAGGAAGACAAUUUGGAUGAUGAAUUGGACGCCCUGCGUGAUGUUGAGAAUGAGGAGAUGGGUGAGCCCAAACCCAAGACGUUGUUCCCAUCCAAACCGAAAGACGACAUAUUGGCUGAAGACAGCCAAACGCGACCAUUACCGCUUGGUGGCUUUGACGAUGAAGGGUUGUACGACAGUCCAGUGGAGGAAGACGGACACCCUACGCGAGUAUACAAGAAGAAGGGCCAGAAGCGAACAACAAGAAGGGUCAAGAUGCGCCCAACUUUGACCAAGAGACCCGAGAACAUGACAGGGGAUCCCCAAAGCGACGUUGAGAAUGAUGAGCCAGGGGUUGAUGGUGGCGAUGCUGGAUCUGAUUUUGAGGAAGUGGUCGAGAAGAAGCAGAAGCAGAAGCCUGCCAAAAAGGAGGGCACAGUCAAGAAAGCAGCACGAAAGGUCAAUGAGCUGGCUCAUGCAAACUUUCAACGACUCAAGCUUAGAAAUCACGGAGCAAAGGGAGGACCAGGGUUUAACAGUAGAUUCCGCCGACGAAAGUGA